GAUUUUACACAGCUACUCAGGAGAAACGAAAUGAUCUGCCCUGGAGCCGCAGCAAAAUGCUGGAUGGACACCUACUCCUGGGAUGGUUAUCGUUCACAGUUAUAGUGCAUCUUCUCAGCUUGCCUGGACCAACCACAGCUUACUUCGGGUUGACCGGUAAUGAACCAUUGUCUGUUCUGCCACUGAAUUCUCUACCAGAAGAGAUCACGGGCAGAGCCCACUACAAGCUUUGUGACCGUCUCAAACUGGAAAAGAAGCAGCGCAGGAUGUGCAGACGAGACCCGGGCGUGGCAGAUACCUUAAGGGAGGCCAUUAUUAUGAGUGCCUUAGAAUGCCAGCAUCAGUUUCGCUUUGAGAGGUGGAAUUGCACCUUGGAAGGGCGCCAUCGAGCCAACCUGUUAAAAAGAGGAUUCAAAGAGACGGCCUUCUUGUACGCCAUCUCCUCUGCGGGCCUAACACACGCCCUAGCCAAAGCUUGCAGCGCAGGACGCAUGGAGCGCUGCACAUGUGACGAAGCCCCAGAUCUGGAGAACCGCAAGGCCUGGCAGUGGGGAGGCUGCGGAGACAACCUCAAGUAUGCCAACAAGUUUGUCAAGGAAUUUCUGGGCAAACGCUCCAACAAGGACCUGCGUGCACGUGUGGACACGCACAACACAAAUGUGGGGAUGAAGGUAAUCAAGGCUGGAGUAGAGACCACUUGUAAAUGCCACGGCGUCUCUGGCUCCUGCACUGUCCAGACCUGCUGGAGGCAGCUGCUACCCUUCCAUGAGAUCGGCAAGCGACUGAAGCAGCGCUACGAGACUUCUUUCAAGGUUGGCAGCCCCACCAAUGAUGCCACUGGAGAGGGAGACAUCUCCACCGGCCGAAACCAGCAGCAGCAACAGCAGCAGCAGCAGCACUCCCUGCCUGGUCUGAGCGAUCAGAUACCCCGCACUAUGGAUCUGCUCCACAUCGAAGACUCACCUAGUUUCUGCAAACCCAGCAAAUACUCAGCAGGCACCGCGGCACGCAAAUGUUACAAGGACCAAAACUGUGACGCUAUCUGUUGCGGCCGGGGCCACAACACACAAAGCAGGGAGGUUACGGGACCCUGCCAGUGUCAGGUGCGCUGGUGCUGCUACGUGGAAUGCAAGCAGUGCACGCAGCGAGAGGAAGUCUACACCUGCAAGGGGUAAAGCGGCAACAGCCCACCUACCCCACAAAUCAGCGGAGCCAGUCGACGAUGGCUGGGCUGAAGAAGACUGGUUGGUUUGUUCUCAUCUGAAGUUGUGCUGCUAUUGUCAGAACAGCGUUCGGCAGAAAACUGAGAAGCAAGCUAAAUAAAAGCAAAAAGCACUUUGAUGGAUUUAUGUGGGUUAGAGUUUCAGGGGUCCUGCAGAAUAAAACCUUUCUCAGACAACUGGGUCACCAUCUCAAGCCUUUUUUUAAAUCACAGCAUUGCCUUGAGGAAAAAGAAAUAUAUUUUAACCUGUCUCAGAAAUCUAUUUGCAACGUUUUCCAAGAAAAUGAAUAAUCCACGUAUAACAAAUGUAAAGGCGAUGAUACAGACUGAUUUUUUCUCCUGGGCUUUGCCAAAAGAACCAGUGUGUGAGUGUGUUGAUAUGUGUGUGUGUGCGUUUACCUUGUGUGUCUGUAGUUUAUAAGCCAAGUUUGAGAGUUGAUAUUUUUAUUCCAGUUAAAAUUAUAUUUUAAGACUGUUAAAAAAAAGAAAAAGGAAAAAAAAAGACAGGGUGUAAGAGUUACUCUACACGCACAUAUUUACACUCACACACGGUAUGUUUGCAUAUGUAUGUAAAUAAAACCAGUUAUGAUUUAGUGAUAUUAUACAAGCCACUUAUCUAUGUUUAAACAAACCACUAAAAACGCAAACAUUGUAUUGUUUGUGUGCUUUUUCUCUAUUUGUUUAAAAAUCCAUUUUGACAAGUGCCUUUGGAAAGCAACACACUUGUGCUCGAUGACUUGUUGUGGAUAAUUUAUAGAUCCUUUGGGACUACUCCUUCAGCAGGAGGAUUUUUAAUUUUAUUUUCCGUGAUGUUAUAUGAAACUGUUUGUACGUGCAUUAACAAAAAAAACAACAACUAAACCAAUCAGUUUAGGCUAUUCCUAGCCUUGAGCGAACCAGUGUUCAGGGAAUAACUUAAACCACUAUAUCUAUGAAGAUUAAACGAUCUGAAAAAAAAAAAACAUACAAGGACAGUUUGAGACUUGAGAUAGCAGUGGUUUAAGCCAGCAUUUUUGCAGCAGAUUAUCGUAUAAAACAGCAGACGUGUGGCAUGUGACUCCGAUCAGACUUUAUGGAGCUCUGCGCAGCUUCAUAUUUUUUAUGGGUUUUUUUCUUUUUAUAUGUUAUGUUGUAAAGAAGACUGUGGAGAACUGUAGGAAUGUAACUCCCUACCAUUUCCAUAUUUGCCUCUUCUCUUCCGCUGCCACAAUUUUGAUUGAGCCAUAUUGCAAUGUGUGCAGUAGAAGUUUAAACAGUGUGGGGUAAUUGAGACUGAAAUUCAACCUGACGGUGUGCAAAUUUGCUCAAGUCUAAAUCUUAAGUUUAUGCCUUGUAGCUAGCAUAAGCAUAUGUUUUUUUUUUUGUUUUUUAUACGGCUGAUAUUUGUGAUGUUCCACAAACCUAAAUGUAAAAAACUAUAAUUUCACCACUGUCUUCUAUUGGAAGCCGGUGAAACUGUAUUUAUCCAUGAGUUAAUUUUCCUUUCCCCCUUACUUUAAGUGACUAGGUCAGCACAUCGGGUCUUAUUAGGACUCUACACAUUACAGUGACACUUUAUAGCUAAAGUUUGACAUUUCAAGAAAUGUACAGUUGUGCUUUCUUAAGAUUGAAUCAGAAGAAUACCAUCUGUGGGGUCCCUGUGAAAGAUUUGCUCCCGGUCUGUGAGGGCUAACAGAGCGCUAGGACAAGUUAGGCUCACUGGAUGCUUAACGAGAAAAACACAAGGGUGCAAGACAACUGAAAGUGAAUAAGUGCAGUACCCAAAACCCCAAACUAUCAAUGUACAACUACCUCCACUAUUACUAGCACCCCGGGUAAAGAUUUAUAUAUAAAGAAAAGUUUGAAAAUGCAUUAAUCUUGUAUUGCAGUAGAAUAGUCUCACUAAAACAAACAAAGUAACUGCUGCAGCUCUCUGUAAAGGUAUAUCUGCAAAUCAUUUUAGUCCUGGGUUAUACUACUGCAAUAAAAGAAUGGCCCUUCACUAGGGGAGAAAUCAUUUUGGUGUUGUACAUCUUUAGGAGGACAGUGCAAAUGGUAACGUUUCACAUAUUCUGGUUUGAAUUAACUACUGAGCGAGGGACCCAUUUUUCUAUCAUAGAACCAUUCACGCACUGAUGCCCAAAUGCCCUUUGAAGUAUUUUAGAUCUGUAUUUAUGGAUACAAUCAAGUGCAGAAUUUUUCUAUUUAAUUUUUUUAAUGUAAAUAGCAAUGGUUUCUUCUCCUGUGGUAUAGAGACAAAACUGAGGCACAUGUUAUUUUAAAACAUACAUAUUGACAAAAAAACAAAAAACAAUGUUAUUUGGUUUUAGAUUAUCACUGUGUUUCAAUUGCUUAUAAAAUAAUUAGAUCAUCCGAGUAAAUUUAAUGAAUUCCUCCAACUUUGGCAUUAAAUUCAUGCUUGAGGAUGUGGACCUCGCUAGGCUUAAUUAUUCUGAGGUGCCAAAUUCCAAACAUUUUGAUAGGAGAUGGCACUCCAAAUAAAGACUGGUUAAAACACACACACAGAACUUUGCACGCUACAUGGUGACCAUAAUAGCUAUGCUGGGACUCGGAGGAUAAAUGCCUGCUCCCCACAGCUUCUGGUGGUGGUGGUGUUUUUCUUUUUUUUUUUCUUUUUUGUUUUUUUUGUUUCCACAUUUUUUUGGCCCAAACACUGUGAGGCUCUCUAUUAUUAAAUUAAAUGGAUUUGCAACGGAUAUGACAGAUAUACUAAGUCCACGCAGAGUACAUUCUUUGGCGUGUUCUUGAUUUGUACAUAGGCCUACAAGUUGUUAAAGAAAAACCGAGGAGCAUGAUGCAUAUUUAGACUUCACGGUCAUCUGUGUUCUCAAAAAAACAAACAAAAACAAAGCUCUGCACUGUUUAGUGUUCAGUGGAUCAUGUAUAAAAUUCUAUUUUGUAGAAAAGAUUGAGAUAAGUUAUUUUGGAAAAUAUUAUAAGCAUGUGUUUAGUGUAAAUAUAUAAAUAUAUUAAAAAAAAUUAAUUGAUUUUAUAUCCUGGAUUUUAUAUGUUUUUUCCCUUAUGGCUGUUUGUGCCUUUUUGGGGUGGAGGCUUCACAAAGCAAUAUCUUUUACAAUCUAUCAUUUCAUGUCAACAUUAAUACCUAAGCACUAAUAAAUCCUAAAGAAUUUUGAAUCAUUGUACAUUUAGAUAUUUAAUAUAAUCACGGUCAUCCAGAGUUCUUUAUUGAUUGACUUAUUUUGUAAAACAGCUUAUUAAUUUUGUCAUUGUAGCCAUCCAACCAUAUCUAUAUAGUCUCCUGCAGUGUUAACUGAUGACCACACCUGUAUGAACCAAUUUAUACUCGACUUUGUUUGCAUUUUGUUAGGAUUUAUACUGUGCUUAUCAUAACACAUAAAACACACCAACUAUGUAUUUUAUUUUUGUGAAACUAUUACACCAGCUGAAUUUUUGUCCAUGUCCAACUAGUCUUGUCUUAUGGGAACUCUAAAUUAUUUUCCCUCUACCUCAUGUGUAUAGCUUGUAGGUAUAAACAGAUUGCGAAUGACUGGUAAGAAUGUAUUUAAGUUAUUUAACAUCUUUGUAUAACAAAGGCGUAAAAAAAAAAUUCUGAAAUAAUAAAUGACAUUCUAAAAUUGUAA